AUGGAUACACCAGAGAGAAACCAAAUCAGCACCGCUCUCUCUAAAUUCGAGGAUUCACCGGUGUUCAACUAUAUUAAUAAUUUAUCUCCUAUAAGGCCGGUGAAAUCUGCUCAUAUUACUCAAACUUUCAAUUCACUUAGCUUUUCAUCUCCUCCAUCUGUUUUCACAUCACCUCAUGUUACCUCUUUCAAGGAGUCUAGAUUCCUACGCAGUUACCAAUUACUCAUAUCUAGACAUAAUCCACCGAGCCCAUUGAAGCCCAAGGAUUCAUCUGAAGAUGUAAAUAAAGUGUACUCAAAUGACGAGGCUUCGGCAGAUUCUACUCUUUCACAUCAUAACUCAAGCGAGUUACAUGAAAGCGCCGAUAAAGGAAUAUUGGUAGGAGAUGUUUCUAUUGCGUUAUCCAUCGAACAAACGAAAUUCUCUGAUGAGCUACCACAGUCAUUACAAUAUAAUUGUGGUAGUCCUGGCUAUGAUCCUCCACUUUGUUGUGAUGACGGUAACUCUAUUUUGGAAUUGCCCAGUGAGGCUGCGUCUGAUGUUGGGUUUGUUCAGGAAGGUUGUAAAACAGAUUCGGCAGAGCCUGAAUUGCAUCUUCAAGGAACAAGUCAGAUUGAUCCAAAGGGUGAAGGCUCAGACUGUGAUUGGGAUGGUUUACUUCACAAUGGUGCUGAUUUGUUAAUUGAAGAAGAAGCUUUUAAGGGUCUAAUGCAGAAACCAUUGGGAUCUUCUUUAAGACUUUGUGAUUAUGUGCCCCUUCAGCAAUCUGCCUGUAAUAAUGAUCAGAACGUACACAUGGUUGAUUCAGUUGCUUCUGCUUCUGAACAUGAAAUUGAAAAUCAUUGUUCUGAGCUAGUUGUCGCGGUGAACACAGACCAUACACAGGACAGUCUUGCUAAUGGUUCUUUCUUGACUAGCAAUCCAAAUGAGAAAAUGGACAAUCAGCUUGUUUCUGUCACACACCGUGGUAUUCGGAGGCGCUGUCUUGACUUUGAGAUGGCCGGUGUACGAAAGAACUCCGAUGAUAAUUCUAACACUGGAUCUAGUACAGCGCAAUCUGAAGUAAGGAAUGCUUCCGACGAUAAACAACUGCUCCCUGCAAAACGCAAUGCAAAUUCACAAAAGGGCAUUUUGCCGGGUAUCGGUUUACACUUGAAUGCACUUGCUCCCUUAAAGGAUGGCACAGGAAUACAAAACAGAAAUUUAACUUCUGGAAGACAACUCAGUCUCACCAACUCUACUUCCUUGCUACUUUCUGCAUGCCAAGAAAAUCAGCAUCUAUCGAUUGUAUCUGUAUCAGUUUCUUCUGAAAGAGAAUUGGACCUAUCUGGCAAUGAUGUUCAGCCUGCUGAAGAUUCUUCCCUUGUACCAGCUUACACGGCUGAUGAAGAUUUCAAUCCGAAUAGCCCCAAAAAGAAAAAGCGUAAGUCAGAGCCAGUUGGAGAUACUUCUGAGGGCUGCAAACGCUGUAAUUGCAAGAAAUCUAAGUGCCUGAAACUUUAUUGUGAGUGUUUUGCUGCUGGUGUCUACUGCAUAGAACCCUGCUCUUGUCAGGAUUGCUUCAACAAACCUGUUCAUGAAGAUACAGUUCUUCAAACUCGAAAGCAAAUUGAAUCUCGCAACCCUCUUGCAUUUGCUCCUAAAGUCAUUCGAAGUGCUGACUCUGUGCCUGAAAUUGGGAUUGACCCAAACAAAACUCCAGCUUCAGCCCGCCACAAAAGAGGGUGCAACUGCAAGAAAUCAAGCUGCCUAAAGAAAUAUUGUGAAUGCUAUCAGGGUGGUGUUGGUUGCUCCAUUGGCUGCAGAUGUGAAGGGUGCAAGAACGCAUUUGGUAGAAAGGAUGGUUCUACUUCUAUAGUGACAGAAGGCGAGACAGAAGAAGAAACAGAGACUAGUGACAAGGGUGUGGAGGAAAAAGCUAUUCAGAAAACUGAAUUUCAGAAUAUCGAAGAUCAUUUGGAAUCUACCAUGGUUGCAACACCAUUACGGAUUUCCAGGCCAAUGCUUCCUAUGCCCUUUUCAUCAAAGGGAAAGCCACCAAGAUCUUUUGUUACAACCAUCACCGGUUCUGGAUAUUUUACCAGCCAAAAGCUUGCGAAACCAAAUCCUCUUUGGUCUCAACCCAAGUCUUUUCAGACUGUUGCAGACGAUGAAAUGCCAGAAAUUCUUCGUGGUGAUAGUUCUCCUAUUGCGUGCAUCAAAACUUCAUCUCCAAAUGGGAAGAGAGUUUCCUCUCCUAACUGUGAAAUAAGAUCAUCUCCAACUCGCAGAGGUGGCAGAAAAUUGAUAUUGCAAUCUAUUCCUUCAUUUCCUUCUCUCACCCCUCGUCCUUAG